GUUUUAAGAUCCAUUCUAUGCUGAAGUCGCAAUCCAAGUCCCGCCUCGUCGGUCCCAACUCGCCCGGCAUCAUCUCCGCUGUUGGAAAGUGUCGGAUAGGUCCGCCGCACCGAGGCAAUAAAAUGCCCUGACCCGGUACUGACCCUCUCUCUCAGGCUUUCAGCCGCUGUCUUGUUUUACCCCUGGCAGGAUCGGUAUCGUCGCAAAGUCCGGCACCUUGAGCUAUGAAGCCGUGGCUUCGACGACGCGGGCGGGCCUUGGGCAGAGCUUGUGCAUAGGUGUAGGUGGUGAUAUUGUCCCGGGGACCGAUUUGCGAGAGGCCUUGACUGUGCUCGAGCACGACCCGGAUACGGAUGGUAUCGCACUCAUCGGUGAGAUUGGGGGCUUCGGAGAAUUAGAGGCUGCGGAUUGGUCCGUUCCACCCGCUGCCUGUCGGGGAGUAGGUGCACUUCUGACUGACCACGUUACAGGAUACGUGAAUACCGCAAUCGGGCGGAGUCGCCAAAGUGAGCCAAAUCUUCCCUGGUUUCCAGGGGAACUUGUUGGGACUAACUCUUUCUUCGGGCCUGUGGUUGCCCUGGUUGCUGGUGUUACCGAGGCAGCCGGCCGCAUCAUGGGCUAUGCCGGAGCCUUCACUAUCCCCGGGGAACCGGACGCGAAGGCGAAAAUAGCGGCGCUUGAGGCUGCGGGGGCGACUGUGGUCGACCAUCCAGCCAAGAUUGGAGGUGCUUUGAAGGCAAGACUGGAUCCUAGGGCCCCAGUUCCUGAGCCCGCGUCCAGGGGCGGUGGCUUUAGUAGUUGUGUUCCCGGCGGAGGCCAGCAUCGUCGGUACCAUACAGCUACAACAGCCACUCGCAGACCCCGGCGCAGGAUGCAAGGCUCUCUGAGCUUGAACCGACAACAGCACAGGCAUCUUUAUGUCUCCGAGGACAAAUGUAUGAACCUGCUCCGAGAGACCGGAAAGAUCAACUGCGGGGCCUACUCGGGCUCUGGUCCUCGUAAACUGUUGGCCAUUGGCAUUGAUCGCUCGACGCGAUCUCCGUGUAUACUUGCCUCGCCAGACGCCGAGGAUAGCAGUCCGGACGGCGCUAUCAGGCGUUAUGCCUUCGGACACAUAGCCGAUCUCGACAAACUUGUCAUCGGCAGGAUAGCAAGCCAUUUGCAGUUGAGCCAGAAGGACAGCGUCGUGGAAUCUCUCCGACAUCUUGUCAAGAGCUUAGCAGCCCUCUUCUUUGAGAAGGAAGCCUUCUAUAUGUCCACGAACAUCGUGGAGCGCUUGGGUGAGGUCAAAGUUGUUGGUGCGCGCUUCGGCUUUGAUGACGCUGCUUACCGCAGUAGCGGCCGUCAGGCCGAUUUGCAGAAACUUCGGGACAUAGCCGAAGAAGACCCAUCAGAGAUCGAAGCUGAGAAGCACGGCAUCGUCUAUAUCAAGCUCCAGGGAGCUGGGGCAGUCGGCACCCUGGUCAACGGUGCGGGAUUAGCCAUGAACACAGUCGAUGCACUCUCGGGGCAUGCGGCCAACUUCCUUGACACGGGAGGCAAGGCUACUUCUGAGACGGUCAAGAAGAGCUUUGAAAUCAUCCUGCGGGACCCGAGAGUCCGAGUCAUAUUUGUUAAUAUCUUUGGCGGGUUGACCCGCGGGGAUAUGAUCGCCACGGGUAUCAUUAUGGCGUUCAGGGAGCUGUCGCCCAAUGUCCCUGUUGUUGUACGCAUCAGAGGAACCAACGAGGAGGAAGGACAAAGGCUUAUCGCGGAGAGUGGUUUGCCGCUUUACGCGUUCGAUGACUUUGAGGAGGCGGCGGCAAAGGCUAUAGAGCUCUCGACAAGCACACAGACGCGACAUGGGUGACGGCCCUCCAAGCCCGGUUGGCACUCGUGAUUCCCGAUCAGAGAGGGGCACAAUAUCCAUGUUCUCAUCGCACACAAGUUGGUGCUCGGUAUUCUCUACCAUUAUUAUUGUUUUCCACUUCUCUCCGGGUCGCCAUGAGAUGGCAACUCCUGGCAUCCAAGGCUCAAUACAUACAAUAUUGCAAAUGGCCAGGAUCGGGCGU